AUGACAAUGUUUCCACCUCUUGGCUUCUUCUAUAUUCUUUGGAAGAUGAGAUUGAGAUUGCUCGAUCUUCCAUGGGAUUUAGUAGUUGAGAUACUCUCUAGAGUUCCGGCUACAACUUUGAGUCCACUGCGUUUUACUUGCAAGCUAUUGAACGAUUUAUUCAAUGAUCAAGAUUUCAUCAAAAAGCACUUGGAUAAAGCAGCAAAACAGGGUAAGGUCCUCAUGUUGAGUGAUUUAAAGGUUUAUUCAAUGACCGUAGACCACGAUGACAACGUUGUUGAUCCACAAGCCUUGCUGAACUUCAAGGAUUUCCAUAUACCAGUUGAGAUUUUUAAAAUCUUUCACUGCGACGGGUUAUUGUUAUGCACCACCGGGGACUUUAGGCUCGUGGUUUGGAACCCUUGUACUGGCCAAAUCAGUUGGUUACCAAUACUAUACAGUGAUCGUUACGAGCAUAAGUCGGAGUUUGUUCUUGGAUACGACAAUAAAAAAAACUAUAAGAUCUUGAGGUACAGCUGGGCAAAGCAUGCCCUAAACCAUCGAGUUAUUAAGUGUAGAGUCUAUGAUUUUGGGUCUCAUUCGUGGAGGGAUCUCGAUGACCUCAUCCUCAAAAAAGAGACCAUAAUAUCGAAGGGAGUGUCUUUGAAGGGGAAUACUUAUUGGAUUGCUGAUAAACAACACGAAGAAGAUCGCUUACUUAGUUUCGAUUUUUCUACAGAGAGGUUUAAGUGGAUGUCUAUUCCAUUUCCGAGUUUUGGUGACGAUUGUGUUCCUAGAGCUCUCUCAGUUGUUAGAGAAGAAGGGCUGUAUGUAUUAUAUAGCAGCAUUUCCCGUCCGCUACAAAACAUUGAGAUAUGGAUGACGACAGAUGAUAAUAUUGGUCAGACCAAAGACUUGUCGUGGAGCAAGUUUUUAUCAGUGGAACAAGUUAAGAAGCGUUUUUCAAGUGGGAUGACUUUCUUUAUGGACGAGAAGAAGAAAGCGGCCGUGCUAUGCGAUUUGGAAAAUAGGCAUAACAGAAAUAUGGACAUCGUAUACAUUAUUGGAGAGGACAAACGGUUCAUGAAAAUAACCGUAGGAGAAACUAGAUUACUGUUUUUGAGACCACUUAUUUACAAUUAUGUUCCAAGCCUGGUUCGAAUCCAACAGGGUCGAGUAAUGAUGACACAACGACGCAAAAGAAAAAAGCGAAGGAUUUUUAGGUGUUGAAUGUUUUGGGUUAUCUUUUUAUUAAUGAUUUUUUG